CAACCGAAGCAGGAGCAGCUGAUCAUGAAUGUGACCAGAUGCUUGCUCGUUUUCUCAACAAUUGAAUCCUUAUUACAUAUGUAACGUCCCAUCCGAGUCGAACGUUGGUCUUCCCUCUUCCCAGCCAACAGUUAUGUCCUCCCCCAGCCAAUAUGGACAAAUCUCCUUCCGACAAAAGCUCAAGGUGUACUCUUUGGGGACGAUUGUGCUACCUCUUUAUUCGCUAUGGACAGCAAUAACCUAUCCAUUCUCUCCGACCCUACGAAAGAAGACACUCAAGCUUGCCAUCUCCCAUGCCCAAACAAGAUUUGGUACCGAUAACUUUUCUGUCCCCGAGCUGCAGUUCAUCGCAGGCCUCGGCGUCGACAUCUACAAGUCAUGGGCAAAGAAGAGCAAGCUGCCGGUUGAUAUCGAGGACCUUCCCGAAGAAGGCGCGAGACUGUGUUGGAUCGGUCCUAAACGUACGGACAAGGUGAUAUUCUAUUGCCACGGUGGCGGGUUCGUUUUACCGUUCUGGGAUUCGUUCCUAACCUUCUGGAGGCACGCACAAGUCGAAUUGGAAGCCAAGAACGUAAACAUCGGGAUCGUUCUCAUGUCGUACAAUCUCAUUCCACCCGGGAAAUUCCCAAGCCAGCUCCGCGAAGCCAAAUCUGGGCUCGAGCACCUCUUCAAAUCAGGCGUUAAGCCUGAAAACAUUCUGCUCGCUGGGGACUCUGCAGGAGGGAACCUCGUACUCCAGAUCUUCUCUCACAUACUCCACCCUCUCGCUUCCGUUGAGCGCAUAAACUUUCCCUCCGAAGCUCCCUCUCACUUCCGAGGCGCGUUCCUCUCAUCUCCUUGGGUCUCCCCCAGCGGCGACAUCGGAAUGGGCCCAGCUAGUAACAACAAAACCGACGUCCUAGCGGCAAGUACAUACCAAACGUGGGGCAAAAUACCCCUCAAGGACGUCCCCGAGGCGGAUCUUCCGUUCAUAGAACCAGCCAAAGCGCCAAAGACGUGGUUCUCCGGUAUCGAGAAGGUGGUGGAGCACAUCCUUGUCACGUCAGGUGGAGCAGAGUGUAUCACAGAUUCGCAUGUGCAGUUCCAUGAGGAGUAUCUGAAGGAACAGCACCCGGAUGUGAAGUUUGUGGUACAGAAGGAUGGAGUGCACGAUAGUGUUUUGUUUGAGCUCGCUUUGGAGAAACGGCCUGUACAAGAGUUGGCGGGGGUCAUCGUGGAUUGGGUGGCGGAUACGUUUGGGGAGGGUGCUUUGGCGACGUGAGAUACUGGGAGGGUUUGUUGCGGAGA